AUGCCCGUGUCUUCCCUGAUUCCGAAGCUGCCAAGCGGGCAGCAAAUGAUGGCGGGCCGCCUACCGACCGCCGUGCAGGAGCAGCUGCGCGCUGUCGCAUUGCAGGUGUUGCAACGCCUCUUUGUGCCCAUCUUGCGUCGAUACCGCCUUCGCAAGGUUCGGCUGGCGCUCACGUACCAGCUCCUGUCGAGCCACGCGUCCUCAGAGGAGGUGGAGGCGGUAGCACUCAGUGCGCUGCAGCACAAAUCGUACCUUGGGGCGGUGACGCGCGACUUGUACACCAUCGCUGAUGGCGGCCGCUCUGCCAUGCUUGGCGGCGCGACUGAGGCGCAGUCAACUGCCAUGGCGGUCCCGCCGGUGGACGCGGCAACAGGGGCGCAGAUACGUGAUAGGGUGCUCGACAUACUCAACUCCAGCUACGUUCAGGUCGCGGUGCAUCUUCGGAAGGAGGUCCUGGAGUGGGAGUGGGAGCCGGCCAGUGAGGUGCUGGUGUUGGUCGGCGGUUCCGUCGAGCGGCGUGGCACCGCCGUGGCAAUGGCAAACGCGACCGCCUCAACGGUCGGCACCUCCAACGUUGGCACUGUCGCGUCGCUGGUGGGCAGCCGGCGCGCCUCCGCGGUGGCAGGCCAUGGAUUCUCGCGGAGGGGCAGCGGCGUCACCAGUGACGCCGGUCGACCUGGGACGACGCGACGAGUUUCGACUGCAAUGCUUCGCAGCACAAGCAGUCACGGUGGCACCGUGGGCAGCGGUAUCGCGCUUCCACCGACGUCAGUCAUUUCUUCUUGUUCACUGACCGACUUUGGACAAGAGCGCGCGGUCAGCGCAUUAGGUAUGGACGGUGCCGCGGGUGCACCGGCGAUGUCGAGCAGCAGCGUGUUGCAGGCGCAUCCCUCCGCACCGGUCCCCGCUGAGGUGGACACGGAGUUUCUAACAGCGCCGCAGGUGCUUGGUGAGCUGGCGUGCGUUGGUGGCUUUCCUUACUGUGCCGCCCUCUCUGUGUCCUCUCCGAUGGCGGUCAUUGUCCGGAUCCCCAAGGUCGUGUACUCCCACAUGGUGAGCGAGUGCGCGACGGCAGUCGGGCAGCGACGCCUGCUUGUCGAGGCCCUGCAGAUGCGCGAAAGACUGCUGCCCUACUUUGCACCUCUAACCCGUGCCCGGCUGCGGAUAUGUCCACUGCUGACGCGGCUGCGUACGGAGCAGCUGGAGCACAUCCGAGACCUGGUCAUACCACGAGUCUACGCCGCCGGCAUGGAGUGUGGCGAGGAGGAGCAACCGACGCACAUCUUUUUUAUCCGGCGCGGCGUGGUGCAGAUGCAGCGCGAGGCAACCGUGCCGGAAAACGACGGAGGCACACAUAUCAAGAACUCGGAGCUAGCGUCUCCUCACGCAGCGGCGCUGACGGCGGCGCCACACACGAACUUUUCCCUAGAGCUUCCCAGGAAUCGCUCUCUGCUUGUGGAGGGGCACACCUACGGGGAGACGAGCUGCAUCUUUGGCGACUCUGUAGGCGACCGCUACACCGCUGUCACGCACGUUGACAUGUACCUUCUCCCCUUUCAGGUUCUCAUCCAGCUGAUGAAGCAGGAACCGGACGUGCACGGCCCCAUCUACCACAGUGCCCAGGAGCUUUCGUACAUCCGCGAAAAGGAGUGGACCGGCGCCUUGUUCGGCCCGCGUCUCGUCGGUGCGAACCUGCCUGGCGUGCACGGCGUGGUGCCCGCGGAAGGGAUGCUGGCUCUGAUGGCGGCCGGCGCGCACAGGGGAGUCGGUGGUGGCGGCACUAGCGUCUCUAGAGGAAAGGGCCCGGCGGAGGUCAGCUUCAGCCCUUUCCACCCGCCAAGUGGCAGGGCGCUUCGUGGAGGCGGUGGUGGCCACCACAGUCCAGCAAUGUCGCGGCGCGUCACCAUCUUUGAAGAGGCAUCCAACCCGGGCGUCACGGGAGACCGCGCUGGCGGGGGUGUAGGGGGCUCCGGUGUCUUGCCACUGACAGGCGGUCGUGUGUCGUCCGCGUUGCUGAGGGUGAUGGAGCAGCUGCCGCUCGUCAGCUUGCUUCCGGGUGCCACGAGCGACUUCCACCAUGCGUGCACUCAGCAGUGGCAGUGCGUUCGGUACAACAAGGGUGACGUCAUCGCGACCAGCGGGGAGGAGUGCAAUCGACUUCUCUUAUUCUUUGAAGGCCGCGCUGGGAUCGUCAUAGACGCGGCUCUGCUGCAUGAGGAGAUGCGGCCUGAGGCGCUCGGCAGCGCAGACAUCGCCAGCGCAUCGCCGGCGGCGGUCUGCCCGAUUCCCUCUGGCCACAUUGUCGGGUACACGUGUGUGCGACGGCAUCGCUGGACCCGCAGCAUCGUUGCGCUUGACGACGUUGUCGAGGUGUGGGAGCUGCGUCGAAACGCGUUCGUGCAGCUGCUGAACGCCCAUGGUAUUCUGCACGACAUGCAGGCGGCGACACUACAGGUGUUGCAGCCGCUCGCAGCGCAGGAGCGGCUGAAGGUGCUUGACUACCAACCGCUCCUCCAUCCAAUGCCUAGCUCGCUGUGGAUGGAGCAGGCAGUGCCCAACGUGCACCCCGUCGUCGUGGCGAAUGAGAAGGCUGUGCUCUUCCCGGUGUGGCGCGAGGGCGACUUUCCCUUUGAUCGCCGCCAGUCCGUGAUGGAGGCAACCGCGCGCGCCGGCAGCGCUGGGGGCCGCCGAGCGACGUUGUCGUCAGUGAAUUCGGUGAAGGCGGCUGCUGUGGCCAACGAGCUGCAGCGCAGCGCCACACGACUAGAAGACUCCCUUCAUCUGCGUAGUCGCCGCCCCAGCAGCGCGACAGGGGUGCUCGAGACGGGAAGCAUCAGCCGAGGCAAUCUUAGAGUGCAGUUGGCAGAUGCCACAUAA